CAAAGCAAGUGCCACUGUACCUCGGCAAACCAAAAACAAAAUGAAAACAAAUAAAAAAGAGGGAUAGCAUAUUAUUUUAAGCAGAUGUUUAACUCUUAACCCGUGUUUAACUCUUUACCCAUGCAAUACUAAGCAGAUGCUUGAGUCUUUACCCGUGCAAUACUAAGAUUGGUCUUAUAAGGUAGAAAAAAUAAGUAUGCGUCUCUACACUGUAGUGGUAGCAAAAAUAAAAAUAAAAGCAUUAAAAAAGGGGUUUGCAUUUCUGUUUUACCAAAAAUUCUUGUCAGUCAUAGAAAAUAGCACCCCACACAAAAAAAUAUUAAAUAAAAUCAAGUAAUAUGUAAUAUCGUUUUUUUAAGUGCUUAUCGUGAACGCUAAAAUACAAUGCUUCAGUUUGAAACAAACGGGCAGUCGCUACAUUAUUUGGGUUUGAAUCUUGUUAAUGGAAAAAGUGCAUUUUCUCGCAACAUUUUGUAACCUUAAUCCAACCUUAGAAUAAAAUAGAAACCGCGACACAAAGAUUGGCAGCAUUCAAACGUAUUUCCAAGGCUACAUGUUUAAAGUACCUUCUUCUGGAAAAGGGUAUUUUAAAAUGAAGCGCUUUUACAAAUAAUUCCCGAGUGAAAGUGAAACACGUGUGGUGACAAGGAUGUCUCCUGGGUGAUGUCGCUGCGUAACUGGCUUGAGCCUAUGUUAGAAACCACUUUCUGUGGUCAUUUAUAAAUCUGGUGCAUCAGAGGCCAGUUACCAAACCUAAACCAGAACCUUGCGCCAAAAAGUGGAGGAAGGUAACCUCACGAGUGAACGUGAAGUAUAUUAAUCAACAUUCCUAAAAUUAAGGGAAAGUCCAUAACUGUGAACUAAUAAUAAUAAUAAUAAUAAUAAUAAUAAUAAUAAUAAUAAUAAUAAUUGAUUCCCAACUACACCACUAUAAAAUAUAAAAUAAUAAGAUAUAUGAUUCCAUUGUGAAGUAUGUGGAAAGCAAAGCAAAGUAAAUAAAUAAUAACAAAUAGAGACAUUCGGCUGCCCAAUAGACCGUAGUACAGCGCUUAUCCACUUCGUAAUGCAUGGAAGACAGACAGCGUUGUUACCAAAUCAGAUUUCCACGUCUAUAUAUAUUUUAUUUCUUUACAUACAUGCCCCAGAUCACCAGGGAGAACAGUGACGUUCCCUGUGUAUGAGUUUUGGCCGUGGAUCAGUUUCAAUAGACGUCAACCAGAAGCAUAAGGAGGAUAAAAUAAUUAGGUGUGUCACGUGCUCAGCAUUGCUUCCUGCCACUGACAUUUCUCCCAUCUGCUGUCCUGCAUCACAGGAAGGAUGCUGUAACCAAACCAAUGUGACAAAAUAGAGUAGCUGGUACAACUCUGCAGGUAGGAGCUGUUUUGGCAAAUUGGGAUAGUGAUUCCAGCAGUGUUUUGAAGCAGUUACUUCAAGGUAGUUGUUGGUGUAGGCUCCGACAUGGGUUCCACGGGAGAAAUCAAUGGCUCUGGUAAUCUCAUGGACUUCCUGGAUGAGCCCAUACCAGACGUAGGGACCUAUGAGGACUUCCACACCAUCGACUGGCUGAGAGAGAAAUCCCGGGACACAGACCGACACAGGAAGAUUGCCAGUAAAAGCAAAGAAUCAAUAUGGGAGUUCAUAAAAGGUCUCCUGGAUGCCUGGUCAGGAUGGGUGGUGAUGCUCCUAAUUGGGCUUAUGGCAGGUACGCUGGCAGGCGUGAUCGAUCUAGCAGUGGACUGGAUGACAGAUUUGAAAGAGGGCGUGUGUCUCUCUGCGUUUUGGUACAGCCAUGAGCAGUGCUGCUGGACCUCCAACGAGACCACCUUUGACGACCGGGACAAGUGCCCUCAGUGGCAGAAAUGGUCCGAGCUUAUGGUCGGACGAUCGGAGGGUGCCAGCGCUUAUGUGUUGAACUACUUCCUGUACGUGAUGUGGGCUCUCACCUUUGCUUUCCUGGCAGUGUCUCUAGUCCGAGUUUUCGCCCCAUAUGCCUGUGGAUCUGGGAUUCCAGAGAUCAAGACCAUCCUGAGUGGUUUCAUCAUCAGAGGCUACCUGGGAAAGUGGACCCUCCUGAUUAAGACGGUGACCCUGGUGCUGGCCGUGUCCUCAGGGCUCAGCUUGGGGAAGGAGGGGCCUCUUGUUCAUGUGGCCUGUUGCUGUGGCAACCUCUUUAGCGGCCUCUUUUCCAAGUACAGCAAGAAUGAGGCAAAGCGGAGAGAGGUUUUGUCAGCUGCGGCUGCUGCUGGAGUGUCGGUUGCCUUUGGCGCUCCGAUCGGAGGAGUACUUUUCAGCCUUGAGGAGGUGAGCUACUAUUUCCCACUGAAGACCUUGUGGAGAUCCUUCUUUGCAGCUCUGGUAGCAGCCUUUACCCUGCGCUCCAUCAACCCCUUUGGAAACAGCCGGCUGGUGCUGUUCUAUGUGGAGUACCACACCCCCUGGUACAUGGCAGAGCUCUUCCCCUUCAUCCUGCUGGGCGUCUUCGGAGGGCUAUGGGGGACCCUCUUUGUCCGCGGCAACAUUGCCUGGUGCCAUCGUCGCAAGACCACGUUGCUGGGCAAGUACCCUGUGCUGGAGGUGAUUGCAGUGACAGCCAUCACUGCCAUUGUGGCCUUCCCCAACCCAUACACACGGCGCAGCACUAGCGAGCUAAUCUCGGAGCUCUUCAACGACUGUGGAGCGCUUGAGUCCUCCCAGCUCUGCGACUACAUCAAUGACUCAAACAUGACCCGGCCCAUAGAUGAUAUCCCUGACCGCCCUGCUGGCCCCGGUGUCUAUGCAGCUCUGUGGCAGCUCGCGCUGGCGCUCAUCUUCAAAAUUGUCAUCACCAUCUUCACCUUUGGCAUGAAGAUUCCUUCAGGACUAUUUAUUCCCAGUAUGGCUGUGGGUGCUAUUGCCGGCAGGAUAGUUGGAAUAGGUGUAGAGCAGAUGGCCUACCACCAUCAUGACUGGAUUAUCUUCAAGAACUGGUGCCGACCAGGCGCUGACUGUGUUACUCCAGGACUGUAUGCCAUGGUGGGGGCUGCAGCUUGCUUGGGCGGAGUUACCAGAAUGACAGUGUCUCUGGUUGUGAUCAUGUUUGAGUUGACGGGGGGCCUGGAGUACAUCGUACCCCUCAUGGCUGCCGCUGUCACCAGCAAGUGGGUGGCAGAUGCCUUUGGGAAGGAGGGCAUCUACGAAUCGCACAUCCAUCUGAACGGCUACCCUUUCCUGGAUGUGAAGGACGAGUUCACGCACCGCACGCUGGCCACUGACGUGAUGCGGCCGCGGCGCAGUGAGCCCCCCCUGGUUGUCCUCACCCAGGACAGCACCACUGUGGAGGACGUGGAGACUCUCAUCAAAGACACCGACUACAACGGCUUUCCUGUGGUGGUGUCCAAAGAGUCAGAGCGACUAAUUGGCUUCGUUCAGAGGAGAGACCUCCUCCUGGCCAUCAAAAGUGCCAGACAGAAGCAGGAUGGUGUUGUGAGUAGCUCUGUGGUGUACUUCAUUGAGGACGCCCCACAGUCACCUGCCAGCAGCCCCCAGUCCCUCAAGCUGCGACGCAUCCUCAACCUAUGCCCAUUCACAGUGACCGACCACACCCCCAUGGAGACAGUAGUGGACAUUUUCCGCAAACUGGGGCUCCGCCAGUGCCUUGUCACCCGCAGUGGGCGCCUCUUAGGCAUUAUAACUAAAAAGGACGUUCUCCGACACAUGGCCCAAAUGGCAAACCAGGACCCCGAAUCUAUCCUGUUCAAUUAAUCAGUGUCAAAGGUGGAUGAAGUCCAUGCUGGCUGAUACCUUCAAGGGGUUUCUAAGCUUAUACUGGAAUGCCAAUGAAAGCACCCAGGGCCUUGCUGUGACAAAUAGGAAAAGUCUGGGAGGACUCGCUGAAAUGGGAAAGGAAUCACAAGAGACAGCCUCUGGGGUUUGCAGGAUCUUUGUUAAUGCCACCGCAAAUGUCAUGCUAAGCUUUUAUCUUUUAAAAGUUGUCCUACCCUGGAACAAAUUUAACAAAGCAUUAAUAUUUUCUCAGUAAUACUGUAGUGCGAAAUCAUUAUCAAUGACAUUAAUAAUUUAUAAACAGAUUAGGUGGGGCUGGCAGAGUUAAAGGGAAACAUUGACACUAGGGAUGUAAGUAUCGUUUAAUUGGGUACACGUUUAUACUCGUUUGCUUUUAAUAGUUUAAACGUUUAAACUAUAAGACUAAGUGACGCUAGUACAUACAGCAUACUCAUUCCAUACACAAUUCAAUAAUAAGUUGCUUAAGUUGUACGCACCAGAAACCAAUCCAAAACUGAAGAUACAAAGAAUACACUUCAGUGGAACAAAAACUUCAGAUCCAUUUGAAGAACACGAACCCAGGACCAUUCAAAACAGUUUUUUAAAUGUUACCAAAAAAGUUCACUUUCAUUCAGAAAUGCUAAUUUGAAAAUGGUAGUUUAAUUGCGUCUUCCUCACAUUGCAGUAAUGCAGUAAAAAAAAAAACCCUCCAGAACAAAAAUCAAUAUAAAGACGAUUUAAAACAGUUUUUCAAUAGUUGCCAAAUGCUUAUUUCAAAACUAAAAAGCUAAAAAGUUAUUUACUUUUGAUAUUGGUUUAAAAUUCAGUUGUUCUAGUUUGUCCAAAAAAAAAAAAAAUCUUGUAUCGUUGUAUCCAAAUUCAGUUAUAGUUUAGUCAAAAAAAAAAAAAUCUUGUAUUGUUUCGGUAUCCAACUUAGUUGUUUUUGUUUAAGAAAAAUAUCAUGUUUACAUGCUCUGGGGUGAGUCUUGUGUGCAAAUGAUUGACUGCAAUGCCAGCAGCGGAAAACACUCACUCUGAGGACACAGAUGAUGCUGGAAUGCACAAAUACGCCUUUGCCAGUUGGGGAAAGCGCUCUAUAUUCGACUUCCACCAUUCCAACGGAAUGCACUGUAAUGAAGUGCAAGGCUCCUUAAAAUAAUUUUCUACUUCACUUUCUACAACAGUCUCUGAUGCAUCUUGGAAGUAGUCAUCUCCUAAGAGCAUUGCCUUGCCACUCUGCACACUCUCCGUCUCUCUGCACUGUAACUUUGCUGCUGGCUCAGCCGUUUCAGUCCUUGCACUCGAUGGUGCCUCUGCCUCACCCUCGUUAACUAAUUGUACAUUGUGAGAAAGAAAACGCACGUGUUUGCGCUAUGGAUCCAACAUCGAUGCUACAAGUGCAGGUUUUUUUGAUGACAGCAGUGUCGUUUGGUGUCAUUCGUUUUUCAAGAGAACACCUAACUGCAGAGUUGAAAUCCACAAUACUUUUACUUUCACCAACUGCGGCCUCACUUUUGAGGUGAGUCUUAAUGACACUGGUAGAUAUGGGAUACACACUUGAAACUGAAACAGACUGUUCUGAAGAUAAAACUGUUGUAGCACAUUUUAAAGCAGAGAGAAUGGGUAAGAUGUCUUCUAUUAGUUGCCACAGGUCAUCAAGUAGCUGAAGGGUUCGAGCAUCUGACAGUUUUGUGAAUGUGCGAUCUGACAGCACUGCUGUUAUUAUUAUUAUUUGUUUAUUUAGCAGACGCCUUUAUCCAAGGCGACUUACAGAGACUAGGGUGUGUGAACUAUGCAUCAGCUGCAGAGUCACUUACAAUUACGUCUCACCCGAAAGACGGAGCACAAGGAGGUUAAGUGACUUGCUCAGGGUCACACAAUGAGUCAGUGGCUGAGGUGGGAUUUGAACCGGGGACCUCCUGGUUACAAGCCCUUUUCUUUAACCACUGGACCACACAGCCUCUGUUAUUGCCCAUCGUUGUUCGGUGAGUCGUUCAAACAUAUCGUGAACUGAAUUCCACCGAGUUUUGCAAGACUGGAUCAGGCGGUGUUGCUUUAGCUUAAGCUGCAUUUGUUUUUUCUCGAGGGCUUUAGCAGCAACAGUGCUGUGGUGAAAGUGUGAGACAAGCCUGCUUGCUGUAGCAAUCACUCGAUCAACACUGCUGACAGAAAAGCCAUCAUUUAUUGCUAACUGUAGCGUAUGCACAAAACAAUUAACAGACUUUCAGAUUUUCCGAGGUGUGUCUUUCAGGCAUGUUUUCUGUCUCAAGAACAACAGACUGAUGCUCCCAUUUUUCAUCAAUAUAAUGGCACGUUAUUGUUAUGUAGCUUUCAGUGUUAAGUGCUGUCCAGCAGUCAGUGGUAAGUGCUACUCUUUCAGCAGCCUGUAGUUUGUUACUAAGCGUACUCACACAUUCCUCAUACCGUUAAUCCAGGCGCGCAGUUAUUGUUUGUCUUGAAGGCACACGGUACUCCGGUUCUACGAAAGCUAUUCAUUUGACAGAGCCCGAUUCCUCCACAAAACUUAUUGGCAGCAUGUCUUCUGUUACCAUGGUGCACAACAAUUCAGAUCAUUUCUCAGCCUGCAGUGGCCCGCAUUUUCGUGCAAUUUCAGAAACGGUGUCAGUGUUGUUUGCUUUUUACCGUCUUUACUCUCUGCAGAAACACAAGGGUGUUUGAGUCUCAAAUGAUUUAGCAUUGUGCCAGUGCUGUUUGAAUAUGUAAGUUUUGUGUCGCAUAGUUUACAUUUAACGGAUGUUUCAGUUACUUUUUUGAAAUAAUUCCAAACAUGGCUCCUUUUUGAACGAUCCAUUAUGUAUGCCUACUAGUUCUUCUGCCUGUUUUUUUCAUCACGUCGAUGCAUAAUAUGACCCUAACAAAAACUGCUCCUCUCAUCCACGUGAUGCAUUCAAUAAGGAAGUUAUUUUCCGUUUGUCACAAUGCGGCAUGCACAAUGAUAUUUAAAGCAGUUGUAACUUUUCUGUAGUUUAAACUAAAUAGAUAUAUACUAAAUGUUUAUUAAAAAGUUAUCGUUUAUUCAUUUAAACGUUUAAACUAUUACAUCCCUAAUUGACACAGGAUUUGACUUGAAUAAAACGAAGAAGGUUGUUUAGUCCUGGCACUUGAGAUUCUCCAGGCACCUCAAAGCAAGCUGAAAAGCCAAGUAAAUACAGAUUUGCUAAUAAAUCAAUAUCAAGCAACAAAACCUAAAGCCACACAAAAUGAUUAAAUAGUUAAAUAGUUUUUCAGUCAUCACAUCCUGAUGACAUUUUUUUUUUUUUUUUUAAACUCAGAACCACCUGCAUGGCCUUAAAAGGGCUCUCAAACAAGUUUAGGUGAAACACUAGAAUCAUUAACCUGACCCCCUGCAACACUCAUACUCCAUUAGUAAGUAUAUGAUCUUUAAUGUGGUGUUUUCUUUACUGAUGUAAGGGGGACAGGUACGUGGUUACACUGUAGCAGCGGAAUGUUUGAGAGCCCUUUUGAGUACACAGGGGUGCUUUAAACAUCCACAUUUUAAAAAGGUUUAAAAAUGACAUACAAAAUGACAAAUACAUUAAUUAAAGGGGAAGGGAAACGGCGGGACUUUGUGCGUUAAAAUUAUUCAAGUGCUAAAGAUAACAUUUCCCACUCAAAACACCCUUGUAUUUAUCGUAUAACACAAUAAAAGACUUUAAAACAAGACUUUAAAACUAUGGCAACCGGCACUUAAAUUGUGAUGUGUUCCACCAUAUUGACAGAGUUUUCCUGUGACGUCACUGGUUGGAGCGCUCGACCGGCGGGUGUAAACAAAGAUGGCAAAUCUCACAAGAGCACUGGAACUAAGUGACUUUGAAGAGCUAGAAUCUAUUGGUAAAAACUUUCUGUAUGAAUUUGAGCCAAUCAUAGGCCCGAUUGAAACUGAAAGAAAGCAUUCAGAUUCCUGGGAAUCUGAUCCAGAUAGUGAGAGAAAUCCGGAUCCUAACAGGACAGCAAACAAUUUCUUUUGCAGUUGCUGUAACUGCACAGUGAUGCCGACUCGUGAGGAAUGUGUUUGUACACAAUCUGAUCUGGCUAAAAAUGAGCUGGGAUCCAAUCCUGUUUUUUGAUCCCAUUAGUACAACCAGCCCCAGGUCACUGAUGCCAAGUGCAUUUACUUUACUACUAAGUACUAUGGACAUUUGGAAACUGGACAACUGAUGUAAAAGCUACAUGUAAAUUGUAUAGAAAUUACUUUGUUAUAAUGAUAUUGUACAAAAUCAUCAUCAGUAAGUCACAAUUACAAAGCUUUGAAUCUCAUGUUAAAAUAUGACAUUUUCCAAACAGUUUGCAUGAGAGAAAUCACUGACUUCACACACUUCACGUCCUUCUCCCGCUGCCUUCUCCAACCAGUGACGUCACAGGAGUGAUUUCCAGCAAUGGCGGAUUACAGUUUGAUAGACCGCGGAAUUUAAACAGCUUGUUUGACAUAUACCAAUCAAAAACAAUCAAAACAAACCUGAGAUUACAUUGCUUUCCCAUCUAUUUUAUCAUUUACAAACAAACCAAAAGGUGUUUCCUAUCCCCUUUAAGAUAACUGCUAUUUCAGAGUUCUUUAAGCUAACUAUAAAGAGCUCAGGCCUUUUAAAUGCAGAAUGGCUGAUUAAAAUUGGCAUUGCAAAGGUUGAGCAUGUUGAGUAUACUUUAGACUCAUUAUUUAAACCUGUCAUUGAUAUGCAUAAUAGCUGUAACUAGUAUGUAGUAUGCUCGAUCUACAAAGCUGCAGUGGAACAUAUUGCACAGUGUCUAAAUAGUAAAAGAAAACCGUUUGUUACUGAAGCUACAGUGAAAUGUUUUAUAUGUAUGGAUGCAUUUAUUUGUACUUAAAUUUGAUCUAGUUGGCACUGAACUAACAAUGUUUAUUAGCAGUCAUCGGUUCCUUGAUGGAUUACAUCAAUAUUGUCAGUGAGAGAUUCACAACAUAUCUUGCUUAAUAUGCAAAUGUUUAACAGUUUCAUCAUGACAACUGUAUCUUUUGGCUAUAUCUUAUACUCAGUACUGACAUUGUUUUGCCAGUAUCACUACUACACUACUGUAUGUUAACGAAUUUAGAGGUAAAUAGUACAGAUGGAACACAAAAAAUUAACUUUUUAAAAAACGAAUCAAUUUAAAAUAUGAAGUGUUUUGUUUUACUUUUUUUAUUGGAGAGUGUAUUGUAUUAUUUCCUAUAUUUAUUUAUUUAUUUAUUUAUUUAUUUAUUUUGGCAUCUAUAAGUUAAGAGGGGUGUCAAGGAUGUUGACAUCCCUCAGCCAAUGCUCCUUCCUUGAGCUUCUUGCAAGGUAGCUAUGGCAACCCUGUCUUGUUUGACUAAUAAGAUUGUUCUCUUAUGUUUAUCACCCAACACUAAACUGUCAAAAUUCUGUACCUGUGCAAAACAUGAUUUCAAAAAGGGAUCAAUAUCCACAUGCAUGUAUAUACCGACAAAGGAUAAUGACAAAACAUUGAUUGCAAAGUACUGUACCUUUCUAUUUGCCCUUUUGUUUUUAAUAGUUUCACAUUAAUCUUUAAAAAGCUGCAACGUAAAUAUUCUUGAUCGUAUAUUUUGCUCUGCAGAAUGUAUAUUUUUACUAUUUUUAGUCUGGGCAUGUAUGAAAGAAUGGGGCCAGUGGAUAAAGCACUAUUGCAAAAUUGUAUAGUAACUAGUAUUAUUCAACUUCUUUGGUAAAUGGUAAAGUGCCAAUGUUCAAUAUUGAAAGCACCUGCCUCCUAAUAAAUAAAUGGAUCAUUUAUAUUAUUGAAUUGAUUUAUUAGUAUAUUUCUACUGUGUUAUAAAUGUUUGAAGCAGUUUACAUAAUUUAUUUGCAUUGGAUUUUUUGUGUUGUACAACUUUUUUUUAUUUCUUACCAUGAUAUGUUGUUUUUGUGCAAUAAAAUAUAAUAAACAUUUUAACUUUGUUUUA